ACCAAAGAAAUCUUUAGAGCAGAGGAGAAAAUGGCGCCUGGAUGGUCUGUGAUGGCGCCCGAGUCCCACCUGUUUCAGAGCUUGAAUGGCCUUCAACAGCUAGCCGAGACGCGUCGCUUCAAGGCAUGGUUUUUGGAUCAAUUUGGAGUUCUGCAUGAUGGAAAACAGCCUUAUCCUGGAGCUGUUGUAGCGUUGGAAAAGUUGGCAGAAUGUGGUACUAAGAUGGUUAUUAUAAGUAAUUCUUCAAGACGAUCAUCGACGACAAUGGAAAAAUUGAAGAGCCUUGGAUUUGACCCCAGUCUAUUUGUUGGAGCCAUUACAAGUGGAGAACUUACUCAUCGGUACCUGCACAGGAGGGAUGAUGCGUGGUUUGCUGCUCUUGGUAGAUCUUGCAUUCACAUGACUUGGAGUUCCCGUGGAGCCAUAUCACUUGAGGGUCUGGGACUAAGAGUUGUGGACAAUGUUGAAGAAGCUGAGUUUAUAUUGGCCCAUGGUACUGAAGCUUUGGGUCAUCCUUCCGGUGAUCCACUUCCAAUGACACUCGAGGAACUCGAGAAAAUAUUGGAGCAGUGUGCAGCCAAAAAGAUUCCCAUGGUGGUAGCCAACCCAGAUUAUGUGACUGUUGAGGCUAGAGAUCUGCGUGUAAUGCCUGGUACACUUGCAUCCAAAUAUGAAAAGCUCGGUGGUGAAGUGAAAUGGAUGGGCAAACCUGAUAAGAUUAUCUACCAAGCAGCAAUGUCUAUGGUUGGAGUGGAUGCCUCUGAUUCCAUUGCUGUUGGCGAUUCACUCCACCAUGACAUCAAGGGUGCAAAUGCAGCUGGAAUCCAAUCAGUCUUCAUAACUGGUGGCAUUCAUGCAACCGAACUUGGUCUUGGUAAUUUUGACGAAAUUGCUGAUUUAAAUUCUGUCAAAGCUCUAGCUUCAAAAUAUGAUGCGUAUCCGUCUUAUGUACUGCCUUCAUUCACGUGGUAGAGUGAGUUCCUUUCCUCUCUAUCUAUCUAUGCUUACUUUUAUGCAUUUCCUUUACCAUUCGAAGAUCUGGAGUAUUCUAGCGUCUCGUCGACUCAUUGAUAUUGUUCGAUAUCAACCUUUUCUUGUGAAAUAUAUUUGUUGCCGUGAAAAUGAAAUUUGAGAGGAAAUAGAAAGACAUAUUCUGCUUCA